UAUCUGAAACAUGGGGAGAAAGUGACGAAGAACAAGAAAAAGCCAGAGAGUUUAUGGCUUUUCAAGGUCUCAUGACAGACUACGUCAACAGACCGGAGUCAAGAUGGAAAACUCGUUGGAGUGAUACGAGAAAUGGUGCUACCCUUUAUCAAUGCAGCUGUGGUUCGGAUAUGAAAACUGCCAGUAAGACCGAAGCUUCCAAACGGAGGAAACUUCGACAAGCCUAUGAAUUUAACGGUAAUCAUGAAUUGAAAAUCAGGGAAGAAGUUCGUGAUAUUAUUGAAUUGUUAGUCAGGGCGAACACAUCCAUAAAGGAUGUCUUGUCUAUUAAUCAACAACUGAUCAAGAAUCAUCUCGACGGUAGAACUAAUUUGGAGAGUUACCAUUUUUUAAUUACCGCUUUCGAUGUUAAAGAUGCAAGACGGUGGAUAAAAUCUCAGAAUUCAUGGGACGUGAACGUUAAUAGAUCAGUUGAUCAUAAUAUGGAACAAUUCUUUGGUAACGAUGGAGAAUUAAGUGAUGCGGUACUUUAUUUUAAGCUGCGAAAACAUCGCUAUGAUUACACCUGUCUGGUAUUGGCAACUAAAGAACAAAGACUACUGGCAAAACAAUACGGGCAUCAGAGAUACAUAAUAUUAAAUGGAACUUUUCCAACUGGUAAUAAAAAAAUUCGAAUGUACAUUAUAAUGGUUGUUGAUGAAUUAAAAAAUGGCAUUCCUGUUGGUUAUCUUUUGUUUUCGAGACCCGGUGAUCCUGAAGUGAUUGGAAUCAGUAAUCACGAAUACACGAUACUAAAGAGACUUUUGGAAGAAUAUAAGGUACAAGUGAGCAAUGACCCUGAAAUCUCUCAAGUAAUUUUCACUCCUAAGGUUGCAAUUAUAGAUCUUGACGAUCAAGAACGGGUUGCUGUGGGCGAAGUCUGGAACGGAAUUCAAAUACUCUUCUCCCCUUUUCAAGUAUACUCAUGUUGGAGAAAAAAGGCCAGUCAAUUAUUGGGAUCUGAUGGUGAUGAAAAUGUCAAAAAAAUUCGUCAGGACCUUAUUAAGGAGUUGAACGAACUUUUUGACGGGCUACAAUCAGCAACAACAAUAAGCGAGAUCAAUGAAAAACUCGGGGCCAUGAAAGAUUCUGCAUUUGAAAAGUACUCCAAAGCAUACGAUCAACAAGUCAGCUCAAAGAUUCUGGCGUUGUUUGAUGGUCAACGUGAGAUGAUGAAAUUUCUUCAAAAUGAUCAAUUCAUUGGACAUAUGGAAAUGUGGAAUGAUUAUGGUAGAAGGAAAGCUGCGGAAUCAGUAGGGAUUGAUGUGAAUUUAUUCCCCUGGUCAAUAGAAUACUUGGAAGGAUUCAACGUUCAAUUUAACCCAUCUCGUAUGUUAAGAUUUCAAAAGAAAGGAAAUAUUUUACGGUUAGAUGUGUUGAGCUUCUUGCUUGUAAAGUUCAUUACUCCUGUAUGCAGCAAACAACGUCAAUUAUGGAAUUGGAUCAAGAAAUUUUUAGAGGACGAACGGCCUGCCUCAGAAGCAGUGGUCGAAGGUAUAGAACCGGAGGAAGGACAAUGGCGAGGCUUACUUGCACGAUACAUCAAUACAAUUGCAUUUGAGCAACCCGACCCGCGAAUAUGGGACAUUGCAAACCAUUUCAUAAUGAGUCAAAAAAUUACUUCUAUUGAGUACAACGGUCAAUCUCUCUAUGUCACCGUGAAAUCUGACGGGAAAAAUCCGGAAACAGUUAGGGACAAUGAUGAAAUGAAUUAUUACGUGGUUGGCUUAUUACCAACCAUUAAUUGUCAUUGUUUUCAUUAUUUGAUUAGAGGUGGUGCUUGUGCUCACAUCCGGGCAGCAAUUCGUGCAGUAAAUUGGUUACGAGAUCAACCACCGGAUUACAAUCCCGACUACAGAUCAUUUGUUGAACAAGAACACCAAUCAAUUCCAUAUAUUCAAUUGCCCUCGAGAAGAGAUGCUCUUAAGGCGUUAAGAACUCAAAAGGAAAGGAAAAUUUUCUACGUUGAGCCUAAUACUGAGAUGGAUGAAGAAAGUGAUUCUGAUAGUGAAUAUGAAGAUUUUGAUCAUGUUUAUUCUCAUGUACCGAUACUUUCCGAAUCUGAUAGUAGAACGUUUGGUAUUCAGCCCUCUAUUGAUCACACGAGAAAUUUUGCUCCAUCUUCAAUAAUUGCAACUGAUAACAAUUCUUCCCUUUGCGCUACCAACCAAAGAGAAACGAACAAUGAAAUUCAAACAUGGAAUCGCACGUUAUCGGUUGCAACAAAUAGGGUGUGGGCAAAUUUGAGCGACAUGCAGAAUAUUUAUCACAGAUUAGAACAUCGAAUGCAUGUUCCUACGGGUGUAAGGUCUGACCUAAAGGCCAUGGAUAAUGAGUUGAUCACGAAAUUAAAAACAAUUUUAGAGAGUGAGAAUAUUAGAGAUUUGGCUGUCAUCCUGAACAAAAUAAAAAGAACAAUUGAUUUAAAUCUACCAGAAGAAAAUAAUGACGACAUAACUAUUACCGAUGGGGACCGAGUCUAA